ACGCCAAAAAUUUGUCAUCCCUUCGUUCCCACCCAAAAACCCUCAAGGCCAUCGUGAUGGUGAUGAUGUAGCCAAAACAUUUUCUCUCUCAUAACCUUCUUUUCUCUAUAUCUCUUUAUUAAGUGUCAAUACAUCCCUUUCUUCUUUUUUCUCUUUCUGAAAAACCUUCUUUCCGUUCUCUCUAUCUAGAAAUGGAGUCUCUUGACCCUGCAGCCUGCUUCAUGGACGACCUACUGGACUUUGCUUCUGACAUAGGAGAGAAAGACGAUGAUGAAGACCCCAGCAAACCCAGAAACGCCUUUCCUUCACUUAACCCCUCACCAAAUGGCCUUGCCGUUGUUCCGCCUCCUUUCGAUGUUUUCGACCACCCAGAUGACUCUACCCGUCCGUCACCUGAAUUUGCGGAGGAAGAGCUGGAAUGGUUAUCUAACAAAGACGCUUUCCCGGCGUUGGAAACAUUCGUCGACGUUCUCUCGGAGCACCCAGGUAGCCUCCCCAAGCAACGGAGCCCAGUUUCGGUGCUGGAGAACAGCACCACAAGCAGCACCAGCAACAGCGGAAAUAGUGGCGCAAAUGGCAGUGUUAUCAUGAAUUACUGCCGCAGUCCCCAUGUGCCAGUCAAGGCGAGAAGCAAGCAUCAGCGCAGGCGCCGUCGCGACCUCCAAGCCCAGCAGUGUUGGUGGAGCCUGGAGAAUUUGAAGAAAUUGAAACCAGCCGUAACAUCAUCGACGAUGGGAAGAAAGUGUCAGCACUGCGGUGCUGAAAAGACCCCUCAAUGGCGGGCCGGGCCGCUAGGGCCUAAAACCUUGUGCAAUGCCUGUGGAGUGAGGUAUAAAUCCGGACGGCUGGUGCCCGAGUACCGGCCCGCUAGUAGCCCGACAUUCUGCAGUGAAUGGCACUCAAAUUCGCAUAGGAAAGUUAUGGAGAUGAGGAAGCAGAAGCAGAUUAUGGGAUUGAUGGUUGUGAAAACUAUAGAGAAAGGGUAGGGCAAUGGUGAUUGGUGCCACCUCCUUCUCUCUCUCUCUCUCUCUCUCUCUAAGUUUUAUUUUGGUUUACGAGCAUAGUUAGGAAGUAGGGGUUUGGUGUAAUGGGAUAGGUGAUUAGUGAUGUUCUUUGGCUAUGAUUGAAAUUUAGUAGGGGAAUUUUGACUUGCUAGUGUGUAUGGUUGGUUGGUUUAUGUUUUUAGAAUAGAAAAGCAAGGUAGUGUUAUUGGGUUC